CGCCCGUUUCAGUCUAUACACGUGCAUUUGUAGCUAGCUAGCUUCUAUUUAUGCUGUCUGUCUUUAGUUGUCAUUUUAACAGCAAAUGCUGCAAUUUUAUUUUGAUCAUCAUAAGUGAAAUUGUUAUUUAUUCACCAUUGGUUAAAGUAUCAGAAAGAUGACCUGCAACAUCUUGCUCGCACUUUCUGUUUGAAGAGGGAUUUUACGUUAGCUAGCAAGUGGCUAUUUCUUGUUAGCAGAUUCGUGGUUGUCCAUUUUUUGUUGUAGAAAUGGCAAGUCUUGCUUCAAAGGACUCCUACCUUCAGAAAUUAGCAAGUAAAGUAUGUGCUCGACAGCAAGAACCAAGAAAUAGGCCAUUUGUCCCUUUUCAAGGUGGUCGUGUGGCUGGCCCUCCAAAGAAGAGGAAUAAAACCAAUCACAAACAGAUACGUGGGAACAGCAACCUAGCGAAACACCAGAAGCCACCUUUGAAGCCUAACCAGAAGGCUGUCAUCACCCCAGCACAGAAAGCACCUGGUGCAGCAGAACAGAAUGCCUCAAAAGCUACAGUUCCAAAUGGGACAUUGGUUAAGACUAAACAGAAGCCCAAAGGUGGAAAGCCAGGCACUAAAUUCUCCACGGUAGAUAUUCUACGGCAGAGACUUCAUGAGAAGAUUGAGGAGUCUCGUGGGCAGGGAACCCCUAAGGACCCAUCCUCUGAGGAGGUGCAGAAGAAGCGAGAGAAGCGGAAGCAGGAGAGGGAGCGCAAGAAGAGGAAGCGUAAAGAGUUCCUCAUUAAGAAGCUUGCUGAAAAAGCCGGCCUAGAGUAUGAGCCUGAGAUCAAAAGGGAAGAGGCCCCUCCUCCUCCCACCGCACCAGCUGCAGGCAAGCGGGACGAGACGGCCAUCGUCUUCAACAAGGUGGAGCUGGGCGAUGGUGGCUUCUUGGACAAAGAGCAGAAGAAGAAGGAGAAGAAGAACAGGAUAAAAGGCGGUCUGACACCACUGGUGGGCAAAAACUACAAGCAGCUGCUGGGGCGCGUGGAGGCUCGCAAGGCUAAGCUGGAGGAGCUGCGGGAGAAGGACGAGGGCAAGGCCAAGGUGCAGGAGGAGAAGAUGAAGUGGACCAACGUGCUGUACAAGGCAGAGGGCCUGAAGAUCAAGGACGACGAGGACCUGCUGAGGGCCUCCCUCAAGAGGAAAGAGAAGAUGCGCUCGCAGCGGAAGAAGAAGUGGACGGAGCGCAGCGAGACAGUGGUGGAGAAGAUGCAGAGGCGACAGGACAAGAGGCGCAGGAACAUCCAGAAGAACAACAAGGGCAAAGUGGAGAAGAAGAAGGACCGGGCCAGGAAGAGGGGCCGCGUGCUGCCUGAAGACCUGAAGAAGGCUCAGGUGUAGAGGGAUGGGGAGGAGGGUCAAGCUGAGGGUUGUGGAAAACGGACUGGUUAAAUGAUGAACAUCUUUUUGAUUGAGCUGCACUGCAUUUUCCUGCCAUGGUGCUUUGUCCAGUGUCCACAUAAUAUUCGUAAUGUUUCGGACUUAUGUUAUAAGCCACUGGACAGAGCAAAGACAUUCCUAUAUACCCAAUACAGGGUUCCUCGAGGUUUGAAGAACCAGAGCUCUGUCAAACCAAUGCUUGCUGUUUUACUUUUCAUUCUGUUGGUCGCAAUGGUCGACACAUGCCAUCUGAUUUCUCUAUAUGGAAUGUCAAUGUUUUGCCGAAUUUAAGAAAUAUGCCCAUGUUA